GCACGCACGCACGGUUCCUCUCUCCGGUCGCCGCUCGUACAUAACAAAGGGGCUGGACCACAGACGAAAGGAAAAAGGAAAAGGAAAGGCAAAAACAAAUUUAACAGGAUGAACAACAGUUUCCUAAACAUGGCGUCGAUAGGCGACUUCGACCCGCUCAACGCGUCUAUUCCUGCCACCAAAGUUGAAAUCACAGUGUCCUGCAGAAACCUGCUGGACAGGGACACCUUUUCGAAAUCAGACCCAAUUUGUGUUCUCUACACACAAGGAAUGGGCAACAAAGAGUGGAGAGAGUUUGGGAGAACAGAAGUGAUUGACAACACGUUAAACCCAGACUUUGUUAGAAAGUUCAUUUUGGACUACUUCUUUGAAGAGCGGCAGAAUCUCCGGUUUGACCUGUAUGAUGUUGACUCGAAGAGUGCCAACCUGUCAAAACACGAUUUUCUGGGCCAGGCCUACUGCACCCUUGGAGAAGUGGUUGGAUCUUUGGGCAGUCGCUUAGAGAAAUCUCUAGGUGGCAUUCCAGGGAAGAAAUGUGGGACCAUAAUUGUGAAAGCUGAGGAGCUGAACAAUUGCAGAGAAUCGGUGAUGAUGCAGUUUUGCGGAAACAAAUUGGACAAAAAGGAUUUCUUUGGCAAGUCCGACCCCUUCCUGGUCUUCUACAGAAGCAAUGAAGAUGGCACGUUUACCAUCUGCCACAAGACUGAGGUGAUAAAGAACACACUAAACCCAGUGUGGCAGGCCUUUAAGAUCCCUGUCCGGGCUCUUUGCAACGGCGAUUACGACAGAACAAUCAAGGUUGAGGUGUAUGACUGGGACAGAGAUGGCAGUAGCCAUGAUUUCAUUGGAGAGUUCAGCACCAGCUACAGAGAACUAUCCAGAGGACAGAGCCAGUUCAAUGUCUAUGAGGUUGUAAAUCCAAAGAAGAAAGGGAAGAAGAAAAAAUACCUCAACUCUGGAACGGUAACACUGCUGUCAUUCCUGGUGGACAUUGAGGUCACCUUUCUUGACUACAUCAAAGGAGGGACCCAGAUUAACUUCACCGUGGCCAUUGAUUUCACUGCGUCCAAUGGUAACCCCGCCCAGCCCACCUCACUCCACUACAUGAGUCCCUACCAACUCAAUGCCUACGCCAUGGCCCUGAAAGCAGUUGGAGAGAUCAUCCAAGACUAUGACAGCGACAAAAUGUUCCCCGCGCUGGGUUUUGGAGCAAAGCUGCCGCCCGAUGGACGAGUGUCCCAUGAGUUUGCCUUGAACGGAAACCCUCAGAACCCAUACUGUGCAGGUAUCGACGGAGUGAUGGAAGCCUAUUAUCAGAGUCUGAAGUCCGUUCAGCUCUACGGACCCACUAACUUCUCCCCCGUCAUCAACCAUGUUGCAAGGUAUGCUGCCUCGGUGAAGGAUGGCUCUCAGUACUUUGUGCUGCUCAUCAUCACAGAUGGUGUCAUCUCAGACAUGGCCCAGACCAAGGAGUCUAUUGUCAAUGCCUCCUGUCUUCCCAUGUCAAUCAUCAUCGUGGGGGUGGGACCUGCAGAAUUCGAUGCCAUGAUCGAGUUGGAUGGUGAUGAAGUCAGAAUCUCAUCCAGAGGAAGAUACGCUGAGAGAGACAUUGUUCAGUUUGUCCCCUUUAGGGACUACAUCGACCGGACGGGGAACCACAUUCUCAGCAUGGCCCGUCUUGCCAAAGACGUCUUGGCAGAGAUCCCCGACCAGUUCCUCUCCUACAUGAGGACCCGUGGGAUAAAGCCAUCGCCUGCACCGCCUCCGUACACGCCGCCAGGGCAACCCCUCCAAACCCAGAUAUGAGAACGGAGACGGGGAAAAGGUUUGCGAGUCUGGGGUUAGCAGAAGUGACUUAAUGCUCGAAAUACUUCCAUUUCCUUAGAGCCACUCUCGAUGCCUCGUUGUUGUGGAUCACAGUGGUUUUUCUCGUGUUCAGGAAGCUGCAUGUUGAUCCGGGAGUGUAAUGCUUUUGAGGACAGGAAAAGCCAAUGAGAGUCUGUUUACUUCCACUGUCAAGCAUUCCUAUUAAUGUCUGGAUUUUUAUUUCAAUUUUAAUUUUUUUUUUUUUUUUGGGUUGAGUAACUCGGACGCAUAUUGAAUGAAGAAAUUUGGGAGAGUCAGGAUUUGACCUAGUUAAUCCAGUGAAUGAAGAAGAAUAACCGGAUGAAGGACUGUUCUCUGUUCUAUGGGAGUAUUGUAAAGAGAAUGUCUCCAGACUAUUAAGGAAUCACUUGAUUAAAUGAACUCUUAUGUAAAUAACUGGACAUAAAUUCUCUCUCUCUCUCUCUCUCUCUCUCUCUCUCUCUCUCUCUCUUUCUCUUUCUCUCUCUCUCUCUCUCUUUCUCUCUCCAACUCAAACAUUGUUUACAGUAAACGGUAACAAGGAUUUUUACUGUUGAUACUUUUAUACACACAUAGUUUCAAUAUGAAGCUUGUAAUACUCUCUCUUCACUCUCUCUUUUUCUAUCUCUCUCUUCUCUCUCUCUCUUUCUCUCUCUCCUGGCAUGUGUGUCAGGUAGCAGCAGUGCAGGUCCUGGUAGCCCUUCUGUACUGUACUGUACCGUGCCGUACUGUACUGUACUGUAUUCUGGUGUUUGUAUUAACCUUUUGCAUGAGUGUAGCCUAAGUCAAAGUGCAUGCAUAUAGUGGCCCUGCACUACCUCUUCUCCAAUCUGUCUGUCCGUCUGUCUGUGGGGGGUGAGUGUCUGUGUGUCUGUCUCUUUCACCCUGUCUGUCUGCACUGCUCUCAGGCCUGGAAAAAGGUCUCCCUGUUUUCCUCCUGUCUAUCUGCCUCUCUUUCCUUCCUUUCUUUUACGUCUUUUUUACAAACUGUGUUUCCAUCCAACCACCUUUUUUCGCAAUUUUUACUACAUGAGUUAAACAGAAUAUCCAACUUUUUCAACUUCAAGAUUAUUACAUGUAUAUAUAUAUAUAUAUAAAAUAAGUGUCCAGAUUUGUCUGUUCAGAGACAGAUGUUUUACACUUUCAGACUGUUGAAUGGAAACAUAGCGCUGUAUCUGUCCCCAUCUUUGCCUCUGUCCUCCAACCUGCCUUGGCAAUAGGAUGCCCACGUGCCCAGGGGUUUCGUCUCCUUGUGUCGUCUUACUCUACAUCCCCGCCCAUGUUGAAAUCGACAGCAGCUGCUCUCAAACAAAAUACUGUUUGAGCAUAAAGAGCCCAGUGGUCAAAAAUGCAGAGAAAAACACAUUUUCCCUUAGGUUGCUUUCUUGGUUGAGUUUUAAUUUUUAGUGUGUAUUUUUUUUUAUUGCUCCUUCAGCUUUGAUAUAGCUUUUUAUAUGUUUGUUUUUACAAUGCAUAUUUAUAUGUGCCAAUCAUGUGCAGAAGGAUGAUUUGUGUAAUUUUUGUCGGAUGUUCACAGUCUUAUUUUUAAUUGUUUCUCAACGAUGCUUUAUGAAGAAUGAGCGAAUUGUUUUUUUUGUCACGAAUGUGAAAAAUUACAAGUGUCGGAUCGAAAGAGUGUGUUAAGUGUGAUUGAGCUUUAAGUGUAUGUGUGACACUGUCAAAACAACAUUCGAUGGAAUGUUUAAAAAGAAGGAAGUCAAAAAAUGAUAAUGCGCAAAAUACGUGCAACAACAAAAUGUGAAGUGACAUUUUUACCACCGUAGAGAUGUGAAAGAUUAUAGUAUUUCUGUUAAAGCUAUGAUUUUGCUCCAAGUGAAGCAUAUGUUUGCAGCGGAGCAGACGUUUCAGUUAAUUUUUACACAUCCAGAUCUUACAAAAAAAAAAAAAAAAAAAAAAA